CCACCCCAACAACCCCAACAACACCAACAACAAUUAGUUAUUCGUCACGUCCCCCCUUCUAUACGUGUUUUUGAACCUUCAAUGUCCAGUCCACUAACAACAACAACAUCUUCCUCUUCUUCCUCCUCUUCAAUUCCUUUUUCUUCUUCCCCUUCAUUAAAUAAUUCAAAUAAUUUAAAUCCUCUCCUUCUUCUUCCCCAACAACAACAAUACCCAAUUUCUUCCCCAAUUUCAACAAAAAUACUUCAAAUACCUUUACAACAACCACAACAAUAUCCCCCUCAACAAUUUGAUCAAUUAGUUGCUUUAGCACAUUUUCAACAAAUGUUGGAAAGAAUUAAAGCUUCGGAAACAGCCAAAGCUUCUCAAUUAUUAGAAAAUAAUUCGUUAAUAAUUCAAUACAAAAUUCUGAAUUAA